AUGGCCGAGACAAGAUAUUCCACUCCGGAUGGGCCACCUAUAGACUCGUCCAACUUGGUAGAAAAACAAGAUGGUGUCAAGCUCAGUGCAUCCAGCGAUAAUACAGAGCUCAAGCGCGAAUAUCCUUCGGGCCUGGCGGUCACUCUUAUCCUGACAUCAGUUACUCUGGCCUAUUUCCUAUUCUUCCUGGACCUUGCUGUCAUUUCCACGGCCACUCCGGCCAUUACCACCCAGUUUGACUCGUUGGUGGAUGUUGGUUGGUAUGGCGGUGCCUACCAGCUUGGAAGUGCAGCAUUUCAGCCUUUAAGCGGUAAGAUCUACAGCCAGUUUUCUAUCAAGUGGACCUUUCUUGUCUUCUUCGUUAUCUUCGAAGUUGGCUCUGCUAUAUGCGGAGCUGCGCAUUCGUCAGCUAUGUUCAUCAUCGGUCGUGUUAUCGCGGGUAUUGGGUCUGCUGGGGUGGCCAACGGUGCAGUAACAACCAUCUCCGCCGUCCUCUCAACACAGAAACAGGCCCUUUUCAUGGGACUCAAUAUGGGUAUAGGCCAGGUGGGCCUUGCGACGGGGCCGAUUAUUGGAGGCGCAUUUACGACGAAUUUGUCCUGGCGGUGGUGUUUCUACAUUAACCUCCCUUUGGGCGUUGUCGUCGGCGGAUUCCUCCUCUUCAACACAAUCCCUGAGCCGAAACCCAAGGAUCCGCCACUGCAGAUUCUCAGCUCUGCCAUCAAAUCUCUCGAUCUUCCCGGAUUCAUGCUCAUUUGCCCGGCGGUCGUCAUGUUCCUCCUAGGGCUCCAGUUCGGCGGCAACCAAUACGCCUGGGAUAGCUCAGUCGUGAUAGGCUUGCUAGUCGGCGCUGGUGCUACAUUUGUUGUCUUCCUGAUCUGGGAAUGGAGACAAGGGGAUAAUGCUAUGGUGCCACUUACUAUGCUUAAACACCGAGUUAUCUGGUCGGCUGCAAUGACAAUGUUCUUCAGCUUGUCUAGUAUUCUUGUCGCUGAUUUCUACAUUGCGAUUUACUUCCAGGCAAUCCACGAUGACACACCCUUAAUGAGCGGUGUUCAUAUGCUCCCAAUCACCCUCGGUAUCGUUCUAUUUACUAUGAUCUCGGGAACCCUGAUUUCCGUUUUGGGCUACUAUCUCCCAUUCCUUCUUAUGGGGGGUGUGGUAUCAUCUAUUGGCUACGGACUCAUGUCCACAUUGGAUACUACUACCUCGGUUGCAAAAUGGAUUGGGUACCAAGUUCUCUACGGCGUUGGAAGCGGUUGUACGACUGCAGCCCCAUAUAUAGCCAUCCAAGGUCUCGUGGCUCCAGAGCAGAUUCCCAUUGCCAUGGCUAUUGUCAUCUUUGCACAAAAUAUAGGUGCUGCCACUUCUCUGAUCGCUGCAAACGCUAUCUUUAGCAAUAGCCUUCGUUCCGAGCUUCAAAAACGCGCUACACAAAUUAGCGUUUCCCCAGACGCUAUUAUCAAUGCUGGAGUCCGCUCCAUCCGUGAAAUGAUGUCUGGCUCUGAGCUAACCGCUGUGCUCGAAGCAUACGCUAAAAGCAUCGACAAAGUUAUGUAUCUCGGUAUUGCUGUUAGCAUCGCCGUUUUAGUGUUUUCUCCGGGACUUGGAUGGAAGGAUAUCCGGAAGGCCAAGCUUCAGGCCAUUACUGAUAAGUCUCCUGAUGGGGGUGAUGAAGAUUUGGCUGUGGCUGGCGAGAAGUAG